AUGCCUUCACGAGCUGCUGUGCGGCAGCCGCCGAAACACAAGCCCAACAAAACAGAGAUCAAAAGGCAAAAGAGGAAGCGCGAUCAUGAAGACCUACAGAAGAUUGAGAAGGCCAUCCAAGAGCUGGACCCGAAGUCUGGCAAGAUAAAGACUUUCGCCGACCUAUCCUCAGCAAUCUCGCCCGCAACAGCAUCCGGCCUGCAUUCAUCGCAUUUCACGAAUAUGACCGAUAUCCAAGAACAAGCGAUCCCGUUGGGUUUGAAAGGAAAAGAUAUCCUCGGCGCAGCAAAGACAGGUAGCGGCAAGACGUUGGCUUUCUUGGUCCCAGUGCUGGAGAAGCUCUAUCGUGCGCAAUGGACAGAAUUCGACGGCCUCGGUGCGCUCAUCCUCUCCCCGACUCGCGAGCUGGCAGUUCAGAUUUUCGAAGUCCUGCGAAAGAUCGGUCGACAUCACGCCUUCUCCGCUGGUCUUGUUAUUGGUGGAAAGAGUUUGAAGGAAGAAGCUGAGCGAUUAGUCCGAAUGAACAUCCUUGUUUGUACGCCAGGACGAAUGCUGCAGCACCUGGACCAAACGGCUGGCUUCGAUGCAAACAACCUGCAGAUUCUGGUGCUGGACGAGGCGGAUCGCAUCAUGGACCUAGGGUUUCAAUCUGCGGUCGAUGCGCUGGUUGAGCAUUUGCCCAAAUCUCGCCAGACCCUCAUGUUCAGUGCCACACAGAGCAAGAAAGUCUCAGAUCUUGCCCGACUCAGCCUCAAAGACCCCGAAUACGUCUCUGUGCAUCAAGAUGCAACAACAGCCACUCCCUCCACUCUUCAACAACACUACAUCGUCACGCCCCUCCCCGAGAAAAUCGAUACUUUGUAUGGAUUUAUCAAGGCAAAUGUCAAGAGCAAAAUCAUCGUUUUCCUUAGCUCCGGUAAACAGGUCCGCUUCGUCUACGAAAGUUUGCGUCAUCUUCAACCUGGUAUCCCGCUUCUCCAUCUCCACGGUCGCCAAAAGCAAAUCGCACGAUUGGAAAUUACAAACAGAUUCACAGCUGCAAAGACGUCAUGUCUGUUUGCAACUGACGUGGUUGCGCGAGGCAUCGAUUUCCCGGCUGUCGAUUGGGUCAUCCAAGCAGACUGCCCCGAAGACACCGAUACAUACAUCCACCGAGUCGGACGGACGGCCAGAUAUGAGAGCAAUGGCCGUGCUGUUCUCUUCCUCGACCCUAGCGAAGAGGAGGGAAUGAUUAAGAAGCUGGAGCAGAGGAAAAUCCCUAUACAGAAAGUACACGUCAAGGACAAGAAGAAGAAGACCAUCAGGAAUAAUUUACAAGAUAUGUGUUUCAAGAAUCCCGAUUUGAAAUACCUCGGCCAGAAGGCCUUUAUCAGUUAUACCCGAUCAAUUCAUCUGCAAAAGGACAAAGAGGUGUUCAAGUUUGAUGCCCAUGAUUGGGAUGCCUAUGCUGCGAGCUUAGGUCUGCCCGGAACACCACAAAUCAAAUUCCAGAAGGGUGAAGAUAUCAAGAGGAUAAAGAACGCGCCCCGCCAAGGCAUGUCGAGCGAUUCAGAGUCUGACAUGGAUCUGGAUGGAGCGUAUGAUAAGAAGAAGAAGGACAAGAAGAAGCAAGAAGUGCGGACGAAGUACGACAAGAUGUUUGAGCGAACCAAUCAGGACGUUUUGUCGAGCCAUUACUCUAAACUUGUGUUGGAUGGAGGCAAAGCGGCUGAAGAGAGUGGAGACGAUGACGAUGACGACGACGAUUUCUUGGCUGUAAAGAGGCGAUUAAAUGACGAUGAUCUUGAUGCAGUCUCCGGGAAAGCACCUGUGAGUGGCGCCAAGGUCAUACAGCUAGGCGGCGACGACCUCUACGUUGUCGACUCAAAACGUCGCGAGAAGGCUCUCCAAUCCAAGAAGAAGAUGGCUAAAUUCCGAGGCAACUCCUCUAAACUGGUCUUUGACGAGGAUGGCAACGCGCACGAAGUCUACGAGCUCCAAGAUGAAGAUGACUUCAAGCAACAGGGCCCCGCGGACGAACAGCGACAGAAAUUCGUCGAGAGCGAAACGGUUCGUGUCAAGGAAGCCGAUGUGGACGAUAAGCUGCUCGCGAAACAGAAGAAGCGGGAGAAGAAGUACAAGAAGAAAGAAAGAGAGGCGAUGGAGAUGGCGGGAGGAGUUGACCCGAGACUGGAAGGUCCUGAGGACGGAGAAGAUCCGCUGGCGCUGCUGCGUUCUCUGCCCAUGGCUGGCGAGGAUCGCAGCGAUGAUGGUGCUUCUGACGCCGAGCCGCCAAAGAAGAAGGCCAAGAAAUGGUUCCAAGAUGACUCUGAAGACGAGGAUGCCAAGAAGAAGAAGAGUGGAAAGAGGAAGAAGGUCUUUGAGGUGGAUCAAGAGCCUGAGACUCUAGAGGAUUUGGAGGCUUUGGCUGCGGGCUUGUUGGAUUCUUAA